AUGGUAUUCAAGGAGCUGUACGAGAACAUUCAGCCUCCUCCAGACAGAUCACAUGGUCCUAUCAGAAACUACACAGACUGUGCGUGUGUGCAGAGCAGGCAGGUCAUCACUCCACCCAGCAGCGGCCAAGGCAACCAGCUGCAACUGGUCAUAGUGAAGACCUACCUGAACGAGAACGGAUUCGCUGUGUCGGGAAAGUGUGAUCGCACCUGCAACACGCUCAUCCCCUUCCUCAUCUUCCUCUUCAUCGUUACGCUCAUCACAGCUUGCGCACAGCCCUCCGCCAUUAUCGUCACUCUCAGGUCAGUAGAAGAGCAAGAACGACCGUUUGCUUUAGGAAUGCAGUUUGUGCUACUAAGAACUCUGGCCUACAUUCCCACACCAAUCUACUUUGGUGCGGUGAUUGACACCACCUGCAUGCUCUGGCAGCAGGACUGCGGCAUUCACGGCUCGUGCUGGGAGUACGAUGUUACUUCCUUCCGCUUCGUGUACUUCGGCCUGGCCGCCAGCCUCAAGUUUGUGGGCUUUGUGUUCAUUUUCCUCACCUGGUAUUCAAUUAAAUACAAAGAGGAUCGUCUGGAGCGCUGGCAGCGGCGUCUGCCUCCUCUGAGCACCGUCAGCGAGCUCAUCUGUCACGCGGGAGGCCACAAGAGCCACGCUCGUACCCACUCCUGCCCCGUUUUCACACCCCGUCCCGAGCCCCCGCUCAACCGCGGACACUGCAGCCAGAGCUGCCCCGGAAACACCCUCAAAGCAAUAACCCCACCUGCCCGCUCGCUGCAGGAAAUGCACAUUUGAGGAACGUGAGCCCUGACAUCUGCCUCCAUGUGCCUUCCUGUCAGGUGUCAGACAGCGUGCGACGUACGCCUGUUUUGCUCCGCGUGGCUUUCAGGGGCUUGCUACGCUCACCGAUAUCAAUGUCACCAGGACAAACUCACAGCAAAUACACAUUGCGUAGUAUUUGCUGUCGAAGCGUAUGGAAGACAUCUCAUGGUGCUAAAUGAGGAACAGAGAGGACAUUUCUCUGUAUCCAAUCUUGGGUACCAAGAUUAUUAUAUCAAAGACGUAACACAAGCACAAAUGGAUAUCAGUACUAUGCAACGCUGUACCGCAUUAAAGCCUCCAGGCAGUCGCUUUCUACUGUAUGAUCAUAAUUCACAACUGUAUUCCUAACAGUAGAACAUCUCACAUGGUCUUUCUGAACAAAUCUGUGAAGAAAUGCACUUCGAAAUGGUGUUAACAACUCCCUUCUGGUUAGUUUGGAGGCGUCAAUGUGAUUCGGAUGGUAUUCAAGGAGCUGUACGAGAACAUUCAGCCUCCUCCAGACAGAUCACAUGGUCCUGUAUGUAAAUUCAGUGCCUCAGAUUGCCCCGUCAGCAGUGAGGUCUGCUGGCACUGAGUGGACUGCUAAAACGCAUUUGGAGAAGGACCUUGAAGCCUUGUCUUCUCGUUCUUCAUCUUCAUAAUGAUUCUGUCUGUUCAGUGAUUGACUGUCAAAUGGCGAUAUGUGUUUAGAUGCAUACUGUUGGAUUAGAUGUUUCUUCAGUGGUCCAGUAUCAGGUCUUGAAGAAGUCAGAUCAAUUCAAUGGAUUUUUUGGCAAAUCCGUAUUCAAACCGGUUUUGUUUUUUGCAAGUGUGAACAACAGAAAACACAUGAAAUCUGUCGUUUACAAA